AUGCCAAGCUCGAGUCCGAGGUCCUCGCAUCGGGACCUGCUGCUCCGUCCCCGCGCUCUGUGCCUCCAUUCCGCACAUCCGGCCGCCCCGCUGGGAGGGAAGAAGAUGCCCCGCCGGGAGGGACCCACUGCUUCGUGGGGGCGGCCCGCCGGAAAGGAGGAAGACGCCGCCUGCCUCCAGCCUCUCGAGUUGGUCCGCGCCCCGCGCUUGCCUCCAGUCCGCGGAUCCGGCCGCCCCGCCGGGAGGGACCCACCGGGAAGGAGGAAGACGCCGCCGGGAGGGACCCGCUGCUCCGUGCCUCCAGCCUCUCGAGUUGGUCCGCGCCCCACGCUUCGUGCCUCCAGGUUAGGGUUUAGGGUUCAGCCGCCUGCAGUCCUCCAAGGGUUUAGGGUUCGGCCGCCUGCAGUCCUCCAGUUGGUCCUGCGCUCUCCUGCACCGCACAUCCUCGGCGGCGGCCUGCUUCGUCGACGGCGCGAUGUAAGUCACCUUCUCCUCAUGGUAGCCUGGCGAUCUUCUCCAGUGCUGUUGUUCAUGCAUUUUUUUCUUUAUCAAUUGUGUUUGUGUUUAGUAGCAUGGAUUCACGCAUGUCGCAGGCGAGCGGCUCCUCCGAUGGAGGACAAGGAUGGCCCAGGUAUGGUCCGGUAUCGCUCAUUCGGUGCCCCAAAUGCGAAAGGUCGGAGUCACUUGUUAGACUCAGAUCGAAAAGGUGGGAGAAUGGGAAUUUUGGUGGAGAGUUCGUGA